AACGAAAAGUCUUCAUCUCCGCUCCCCAUCAGCUUAUUGCUCCGCUGCAGCGGGACACACUUUAUUACCUGCAAAUGGCCCUCCGGUGGCUGAGCUGCAGUACUGCAGUGUUGCUGUUUCUGGUUCACAUCACCCCAGCUGACAUGCAGUCCUGCAAUGGGGGAAUUCCUGGGAUUCCUGGGAUACCAGGCACUCAUGGGCCCAACGGCAAUGAUGGUGCUAAAGGAGAGAAGGGAGACCCCGGUGAGGCAGAUCAUACCAUCAGGGGUCAGAAAGGAGAACCUGGUCCAAUGGGUCCUCCAGGGCGACCUGGACUGAAAGGUGACCCAGGCCAACCAGGCAGUAGGGGGUUACCAGGUCUACGCGGGCCGAAGGGAAGCCCCUUUGGCCAACAACAAUCCUAUUUCUCCUUGAAAUCUACGACAUCAUCAGCAGUAGAUACUCCCAUCAUCUUCAAUGGACCAAUUUUGGCUGAAGAGAAUGAACCGUUUCGAGGAGAAAGACUGACAAAUGAUACAACGUACAUCUGCACCAACAGAGGCAUAUAUUUCUUCAGUUACCACAUCUCAGGAAGGUAUAAGGUGUGCCUGAAGUUGGAGAAAAAUGGUGUAAGUGACAUGGAAUUGUGUGACCAGUAUAAUGGGUUUCUGGUCGUCUCUGGCACGGCAGUUCUGGAGCUGGAAGUUGGCGACGUGGUCUCACUGAAGACAGUCAAGACGAACACCAUCCUGACAGGCCAGGCCAGCGCCAGCACCAUAUUCACUGGCUUCCAGAUCUUCCCAACCUCCUAAAUCUGCAGUCUCCACAGUUUAAUAAAUUACAAACCUUCUGGGACAGUUAAAGGAACUAAAUUAUGUUUGUGUCUUCUUUAACAGAGCAAAGACUAUCCACAUUUGUAAAGGUUAGCUCUGUGUUGCAGAAUUGCACUAACCACAAAUCAUGUUUUACUCAUGCAUGCAUUUUUCACUGGUUUACAACAUUACGGAAACACAGUAAACAAUUUGCCAGUUUUA